AUGGCUAGGGUGGCUGGAAUAGACAUACCGGAUAACAAGCGGUUGGAUUACUCUCUACGCCGCAUCUAUGGCAUUGGGCCUGUGAUCGCCCGUGACAUAGCUAUCAAGGCAGACGUGGAGGGCAAUCCUAGAGUACAGGACAUGGGCGAGGACGACCUGACCCGGAUCCGAGAGAUCAUAGACCGGGAGUACAUGGUGGAGGGCGACCUGCGCCGUGAGGUAAACGGCAACAUUCGCCGUCUGAUAGAUAUCGGUUCUUACCGCGGUCUUCGCCAUCGCCGCAAUCUUCCGGUAAGAGGCCAGCGCACUCGCACCAACGCCAGGACCAAGCGCGGCACGCGGAAGACCGUGGCCGGACGCCGCCGGGCCGGGACCAGGAGCCUCACGGACCCGCAGGGCAACCUGCUGGCGUGGGGAAGCUCAGGCACGGCCGGCUUCAAGGGCUCUCGCAAGGGCACGGCGUUUGCCGCCCAGCGGGCCGCAGAGGGCGCAGCCAGGAAGGCGAUGGAGCACGGUCUACGGCAGGUUGAGGUGUUUGUCAGGGGCCCCGGCUCCGGCAGAGAGGUGGCGAUUCGCUCCCUCCAGGCCGCCGGGCUCGCCAUAACCAGCAUUCGAGACGUUACCCCGAUACCCCACAACGGCUGCCGCCCCCCCAAGUCAAGGCGGGUGUAG